GUCAGGGUCUAUUGAAUCAGAAUCAUGUCGACCUCGACAGAAUCCUCGUCCGCACCACCAGCACGCAAAAUCCUGCUCAUCAAUGGCCCCAACCUGAAUCUUCUUGGGAUGCGAGAACCACACAUCUAUGGUAGCACGACACUGGCACAAGUGAACGAGACAAUCGUGCAACAAGCAUCCACACACAAAAUUACAGUGGUCCCGUUCCAAUCUAAUCACGAAGGACAGAUUGUGGAUUUCUUGCAUUCGCACUUCGUGCCACAGACCAACAACACCCAGCAGUCAUCAUCGACAUCAACAAUACGUCCUCCGCGCAUAGCGGCCAUCAUCAAUCCCGGUGCUUUUACACACACGUCAGUGGCGAUCCGCGAUGCGUUGCUCGGCACAUCUAUCCCGUUCGUCGAAGUUCAUAUCAGCAAUGUCCAUGCCAGAGAAGAGUUUCGUCAUAAGAGUUUUUUCAGUGAUAAAGCAUCGGGCAUUGUCGUUGGUCUUGGCGUAUAUGGCUAUGAGGUUGCCUUGGAGUUCUGGCGUAGACGAUGGGAUAAGGAAGAUAGUGAAUGA